UUCCUUGUGGCUUCUUUGCCUCUGCUGGUUGCUGCACACCCGAGGAUUUCGACUCGACAGGCUGCGACGAAGAUCACUGUUGAUCUCUCGAAGACUUACCAAACUAUGGAUGGUUUGUCCCCUACUACCUUUCCUACUAUCUUCCGCACUCCACCUCGCUCUCCCAGCUUUCGUCGUCUCCUUCUUUGCCCUUUCCAUCCCCCUCACUCCCUCUCCCCCCACACCUAACCAACACCCACCCAGGCUUCGGCAUCUCCGAAGCCUUCCAACGCGCAAACCUCAUCGUCAACAUGCCCGAACCCAAACAAAAAGCCCUCCUCGACCUCCUCUUCUCCACCUCAACCGGCGCCGGUUUCUCCAUCCUGCGUAAUGGGUUAGGAAGCUCCCCGGAUUCAAGCAGUGACCACAUGAACACGAUUUUACCCAAGGGACCGACAAGUGCGCAGGGGACCCCGAGUUAUGUGUGGGAUGGGAAGGAUAGCGGACAGUUCUUUGUGAGCAAGAAGGCGGUGGAGUAUGGAGUGAGGACGUUCUAUGCGAAUGCCUGGAGUGCGCCGGGGUUUAUGAAGAGUAAUGGGAAUGAUGCUAAUGGAGGGACUUUGAGGGAUGAGUGUGGGUUUAUUUGUUUUGUUUUGUUUUGUUCUUUUUUAAGGGGAGCAGGGGGGUGCCGAUCCCCCUUUUUGCAUUCGCUUCGCUCGUUGGGGCCGCGGUCUCGGUCGGAGUGGGUGUGGUUUCGCUUCGCUUGGCUUCGCUUUUUUAUGCUUUGCGUCCUAGGCGGAGAAAGUUUCAAUCACAGAGGCUUCGCUUGACUCGGCUAUUCUUGGAAGUGAAAACUGACGAUGAUAUUCUUGCCCAGGGAAACAAGCGUAUGCGAAUUAUUUGAUUCAGUAUAUCAAGUAUUACAUCGAUGCUGGCGUUCCCAUCACUCACUUAGGUAAGUCUCUCCUCCUCCUUCAACAUCCCUAACUAACCUCCUACUAGGAUUCUUGAACGAGCCAGAUUUCACGUACGUCUUUCCUCAUCAUACUACACAUAAUAAACAAGAGUCCCAAUAUAUCUAACAUCCCCCAAAGCGCAAGCUACGCCUCCAUGCUCUCCAACGGCGCCCAAGCCGCCUCCUUCAUGAAAGUCCUCCGUCCCUCCCUAGAAUACGCAAACAUGUCCAACGUCCAAAUCGUCUGCUGCGAAUCCACCGGCUGGAGCCAGGCCAACAGCAUCCUCUCCGGCAUCCGUUCCGCCGGCGGCGAGCAAUACCUCGGUGUCGCCUCCGCGCACGAGUACACCUCACGCGCCUCCAGCUCCCUCUCCUCCACCAAGCGCAGCUGGCAAACCGAGUACUCGGACCUGAACGGCGGCUGGACGACCGCGUGGUACGCGAAUGGUGGAAGUGGUGAGGGCAUGACCUGGGCGCAGACGUAUUAUAAUGCUAUUGUGAACGCGAAUGUUUCGGCGUAUAUUUAUUGGAUUGGGACGCAGGGGGGGAAUACGAAUGAGAAGCUGGUCCAGGUUUCUGGGAACGACUAUCAGGUCUCGAAGCGCUUAUGGGCGCUGGCGCAGUAUAGUCGGACUGUGAGACCGGGUGCUGUGAGGGUUGGGACGACGGGUGGCAGUUUUCGCACGACGGCUUUUCGGAAUCGGGAUGGGAGUGUGGCUGUUAAUAUGCUGAAUACGGGGGGGAGUGCGGCGAGUUUGACGGUGGGUGUUACGGGGUUUUCGACGGGGAAUGCGACGAGUUAUUUGACGGAUUCGAGUAAUGAUUUUAAAGCGAGUUCUUUGAGUGUGGCGAGUGAUGGGACCGUGAGUGGGAGUGUGCCUGCGAGGGCGUUUCUGAGUUUUGUUUUGGUGCCGAUGGUGCCUUCGAAUUCUACGGGGUGA